GCCAUUUGAGUUGACCGCUCACUCUUUAUGUCAGGCACUGGUCGCUCAACGGUCGGCGACAACGGAGUGUUGUGGAGUGUCUCUGUGUGAAAGUGAUUCCUUACCUCUUGUGCGGUGGUUUACCGAGGAUAUACUUGCUACAAUGGAGUCUGAAGCACCAGUAUCAGGAAUCCAGGCCAACGGUGGCUCAAGCCUGGAGUGUGACACUUCUGCUGACGCCCCUAGCUCAGGGGGAAUCGACCUGCGCUCCAUCAUAAACCCCUGCGCCUGGUUCAACAAAGAUCAACUGGACCCUAGAGUGGUUGACCUGAUCUACUGGAAAGAUGUCAAGAAGACUGGUGUGGUGUUUGGUGGAUUCCUGGCACUGUUUAUCUCCCUGGCCUACGUGUCCUUCAUCUCUGUGCUGUCCUACACGUCGCUGACCGUCCUCUCUGUAACCAUCAUCUACCGAGUGUAUAAGAACAUCAUGCAGGCGAUUCAGAAGUCACAGGAUGGACACCCAUUCAAGAACCUCCUGGAAUUGGAUACUGACCUGCCCCUAGAGAAAGUACACGAUGCCUCUGAUGCCUUUGUGAACUGGUGGAACCCCAAAUUUACUGAAGUCAAGCGACUUUUCCUUGUUGAAGAUCUUGUUGACUCUGUCAAAUUUGGCUGCCUCCUGUGGUGUCUGACUUAUGUUGGGUCUUGGUUCAAUGGACUGACUUUGGUCACCCUGGCUACAGUUGCACUCUUCACCCUCCCCAAGGUGUAUGAACAGAACAAGACCCAGGUUGAUCAAUAUAUGGGCCUUGUCAAGAACCAGGUCAACGAUGUCAUGUCCAAGGUAAAGGCUGCUCUCCCAAUUGGAAAUAAGGAAAAGACCCAGUAAGAAUGAAGUAUCAUUGUGUGAUAUCCUGAGUGCAUCUGUGUUCGUGUGCUACAUCGAACCACUGGUGCGUUGCAGCAUCUGCACCAACUUCGACAUCUGCGUAUUCUCGUCAGUGUGCGAAGAGUGAUUCCAGUGGAGAACCAACCUAGUGUUGUGGCCAAGCGUGCACUACUCCCUUCCUUCACAGUGUAUUUUGUGCUGGGAAUGUACUAUAUUGCUCCGAUUGGUAUUUUGAUAGUACGUGAAAAUUGUUAUCCUGCUAAAGUUUUAUAAUAUUUAUGAUUGGCAGCAAAUAUACUAUUAUAUUAUAAUGGAACCCAGCAAUCUAUUCUUGUGAGGUUUAGGGAGAAUAAAGACUAUUUUGUGAAUGAAGAGGUACACUUUGAAUGAAAUUGGCACUUCCAGCUGAUAUUACUAGUGCUAGUGAGAAGAUGCUCAGUUGAUGCUAUUGUGCCUCUGGUCACCCUAAUUCUGAUUCUCACCUUUGCUUGCUUGUCUUGGUCUGAAGAUUGUGCUUAGCAUUGAGGGCAUAUAACAAGUACAUGGUCUCUUGUGUACAUAGAUGCCAUGGAUAAUUCCAGAAAUGCUGUCACACCCAUACAACUCAACCAAGGGUGAGGAACAGUGCAAGAUACACCACUCCACUGUAUAGUCAUUGCAUUACUGUUCUCUGUAGAAUCAUUUUCCUCCCUUAAUUUUAACAUUAGAACUGUGAAAGGCGUAUCAAUGCAAUCGUGUUAUAAGUUGAUUUAGUUUGUUCUAACAUGCUUGAAAAUGACUGUCUUACAGUUAAUGUAGAAAAUUGCCAAAUAGUGCAAAAGAUCUGUUGUCAUUUGUCAGUCUUCUAAGAUCUGUCCUCAUAAUUUAUAAUCUUCAAGCUUUCUGAUUUUUAUAUAGAAAUUGAUAUCUAUUGUACCCACUUGCAUAUACUUUUAUAAAUGAUAUGCAAAUAGUGUUUUGAUUUUUAUAUAUAAUCACCUCCAUAACUCUAUGUAUGGGAAACCUGCUUCCAUUUUGAUGGGUGUUCUCUUGUGUCUGAAGUGGGAAUUUUUUCCUCAAAACUUUCAUAGUGCUGUUGCUUGCCACAGUUGUUUACUAAGAGCUUCUGUAUACCUCUUCAAUGUCAUCAUAAAUAUGCAAGUAAGGAUUCGGAGCUAAUAUAGACUUUCAAGGUUUCAUUAUUGUACUGGAUUCUUAAGCUCUGGUUUAUUCAUGAAUCCCUACUUGAGUGAAAUAUUUAGCUGAACACAAUUGUGGAGAUGCAAACAAGCGAAGAUUUUAUUUAUAUUUGGGUAAUGGGUCGGAAAACAAUGUAAAAAUAAAGAAAAAAUAUAUCAAUUGAAAAGGUUUUCUAAAUACCUGUAAGUGUUCUUUCAUAUUGCAUACAUUACUGUCACAAACAACAGUAAAUUUGCUGUACUACCAAAUAAAAUAUCAAUGAUUUA